ACUAGUACAUAUACGUGACUUAUAAUUAAUAAGAGAGAGCCAAUUUACUAACGUGGAACACCCUAUAUCUAUAAAUAGCUCAACCCAAUUCAGAGAACUUUACUCAGCUCAUCACACUUCUUUGUCUUACUAAUCAUUCAAUUCUCUCAUAAACCCUAAUUAAACACUCAAACUUAAUUAUUCUGACCAAAUGGCCGAGCAAAAACAACUUCCUCUUACCAUCUUCAUCGACAUUGAAGGUAUAAUCGAACAUGACACAGAUCAAGAAGAUAACUCGGACCACUCAAAACCGGCUCAAUGGCUAGCACCCGCUGUCUUCGCCGCCAACGAUGGGUUAGUGUCAACCGCAUCCCUCAUGUUAGGUAUGGGUGCGGUUAGUCAAGACGUCAACGCUAUGAUCGUUACCGGGUUCCUAGGCCUAAUAGCGGGGGCUUGUAGCAUGGCUAUAGCCGAAUUCAUCUCUAUAGACUCAACUCUCGAUAACGAGUCUAGUCAAAGGGAUGAUGAUGAGCCUAGAAAGGAUCCCAUAAGGGCAGCUAUCGCGGAAGCUUUUGCUUUCGCGGUUGGUGCCCUAGUUCCUUUGACGGUUGCAUUGCUUUUGGAAGGUUAUAAUGUCACCCUAGGGGUGGUAGAGGGACCGAUAAGUGUUGUGUUGGCGGUGUUCGGGUGGAUAGGAGCGUUUUUGGAUGGUGCUCCGGGGUUUAGAGCCGCUUUAAGGGUUUUGUUAUGGGGUUGGGUGGGUAUGGUUGUCACCUUUGGAUUAUUGAUAAACAGAAAUUGGUAACAUUGAGCUAUUUCAUUAUUAUAUGAGUAAUGAAAUUAAAUAUCUAUAUAUAAGAUUUUAGCUGAAGUUGAAACCAAGACUCCAAGAGUAAGUAAGUUUUACUUAGCUCAACACUAAAAUGUGUAAACAAAUAGUAAAAAGAAAAGAAAAGGAGAGAGAGACACUUGUGCCAUUUACUAUGAAUAGCCUUGUAAAAAUGCAUUAGCAUUUUGGUCAUAAUGCAUGUCUCAUUUUCCCUCAUUUCACCUUAAUACGGAUUUUAUAAGA